AUGCACGCAGCCUCUAUCCUCCAAACCCUCACAAGCGCCCUCACCAUGUCCUUCCAAUACGCCAACUUCCCCCAAAACGCCACUUUACCAGUACCCGACUCCUCAGGAGCCUUCACCAUCACCGCCAGCGUCCCAACCGACAUCUGGCGCCGACCAACCCAAGAAGGCAUCCUCGACUCCUUCAACGCACCCAUCGUCUACAAAUCCAUCCCCAUCUCCCAAUUCCAAAGCGCCCGCGUGACCAUCACGGGGAAAUGGACGACACUCUACGACCAAGGGGGACUCAUCGUCGUCUUCCCCUCGACGAAGUCCCGUCCCGUGACGGAGAAACGCUGGCUCAAGACCGGGAUUGAGUUCUAUCAGGGUCGGCCGAUGGCGAGUACCGUUGCGACGGAUUUGUUUUCGGAUUGGAGUUUGGUGCCGCUGGAUCCUGAGGAUGAGAGGGAGGGACGGAUGACGGUGGAGGUGGAGAGGGAGCAAGAAGAAGAUGGGCGGUUUGGGAGUGUGUUGAGGGUUUUGCUCGUGGGGAGGGAUGGGAAGGGUGUUCCGGUGAGGGAGGUUACGUGGGCUUUUUAUGAUGUGGAUGAAGAGGAGGAGAUGUGGGUGGGGAUGUUGGCUGCGAAGCCUACGCAGGGUGGGGCGGAGGAGUUGGAGGUUAGGUUGGAGGGGUUUGAGAUUAAGUUGAGGGACUGA